GGCGCCUCAGGCUCUUUCAAGCUCAACAAGAAGCAGACCGAGGCGAAGAAACCCGCGGUCAAAAAAGCCGCCGCUCCUAAAGUGAAAAAGGCCGCAAAGAAACCCGCCGCUGCAAAGAAGCCCAAGAAGGUGACAGCCAAGAAGCCCGCAGCUAAGAAGUCCCCCAAGAAGGUCAAGAAACCCGCUGCUGCCGCUAAGAAAACCACCAAGAGCCCCAAGAAGGCUAAGAAGCCGGCGACCCCCAAGAAGGCAGCCAAGAGUCCUAAAAAAGCCAAGGUAGCCAAACCCAAGACCGCUAAACCCAAAGCGGCCAAGGCCAAAAAAGCUGCCCCCAAGAAGAAGUAAACUUGUUCCUGUUUUCUUAUCUUCAUUUUCUUAA